AUGAUGCACAAACCGCGAUUGGUCAUCCCGAGAGCACAGCAGGAUGCCCUCAGGUCGCUGAAGGCGGACAAGAGUAUCGUGAUCCUACCGGCAGACAAAGGGCGAUCGACGGUUAUACUUGACAAGGCCGAGUACCUCCAGAAAGCCAAUGCGUUGAUUGAGGACAGGCAAGCGUACGUCAAGUGCGAUGGAGACCCCAUGAAGAAGCUGGUGACGCAAAUAAACACGACGCUCACCAUGCUACAAAAUAAUGGCGCGAUGACGAGGGCAGAACGACUGGCCACCAAACCGACUGAUGCUGCCAUGGCAAGGUUCUACGGGCUGCCCUGUAUUUCUCACUAAGCCUAACCCCGAUGAUGUGCUCGAGCAUGAACACGAAACGUUAAAUGAAUAAACCUUCUUUUCCAGAGAGAGCCUUAUCCUCCUCUUCCAUAUUAACACCUGGGGUCAGCAUUUAUGCCUAUAUCCAUGUUUGUGUUUCCGGUGCCAGCUGCUGGUGGUCAGGGUUAUGAUUGGCUGAAUGAAGGCAAACAAGCCCGAAAUAGUGCUGUAUCAAUCUACCCCCAGACUCUGUCGUCUCCCCUCUGCUAUCAUAGCUUGGCCGACUUCGGCCUGGUAGGUGGUUGCCUGUUCGUGACCCCUAUCGCCCAUACGAAGCUUGUUUGCUUCGGGAAGCCAAUGGAUCGGUGUGCGCCCAGUCCUGAGUGACUAUACAUGUAUAUGCAUACAUAUAUAUGCUUGAAAACGUUCGUUAAUGUAAGUUUCUGGCUUUCCUACGACAGACUUAUAUCACUCUUGCAUUUUCUUUCCAAGAACCCAGUUGUUUCUGGUUUUAUCGACAUUAUUUCCUCGGGUCCAUGCAACUAACUGCGGUAAGUAAACCAUGGGGAGAGCAAACUGUUUUUGAUCAACCGUUGCAGGGAAGAGAGUCUUUAAAACACUGAGGUACGGACGCGACAUGGAGUUUUGGCAGUUCAAAUUUAUUUCUGAAGGCUAGCUUCAUUUUUUCAAAGGCCUUUCCAUUAUGGGUAAUUGUACUGUCAAACGGGUACUGAAAUAUUAAUGAAAGAAUUAUCUGUAUACGGCAAUUUUAACAAAGGUAUAUUUUACACAAAGUAAGCGGACUACGUCAGAUUCCUUUCUGCCUUUGGCACCUAUCAAAUUAUCCAAGGUUAAGAUCCACAUGGAUGUCAUAGACAACUGUUUGUUUUCCCUUCAGUUCGAAUGGCCUAAAAUGGUUUGUUUCCCACCCUGGACAAGAUUUGUGUCCAGGUGUUUUUCAACAACUGGAUAAUGAUGAUGGUACGAAGAUAGCCCUUAUCCGUGACUGUCUCUGACGAUGAAUUCGGAUGAGACUCCGAGACGCCAGCCCAAUAAGCAUUUUGAUCCAGCGAUCGCAUCUUCUUCUGAACUGCCUUCUGGAAUUCAUCAUUCGCUUCUAUCGGAAUUGUGUGCUGCUCAGUAUAUGUAGUUCUCUGCAGGAGGUAUUGUAAGAUUUAGUUGCCGGGGGGACAGACACUGGUCUGCACAGUAUAAAACAGAAGUUGGUUAUUAUGCCUACCCUUAUCAAACAGCGGCCAGCUAUGUUUUCUGUAUUAGUUCUGUUUCAAAGUUGAUGCACACAGUCUGGAAGGGCAUUUCAAAGAGAGUUUUUCAGGAAAUACUAUGAUAUGUGCGUAGUUGGUUCUGGACUUGGCGCUUUCUAAUGCUACGAUUGAAGAGUUUACAGUUUCAAUGAUCAUUACCCAUGUAAAUAUAUCGUCCUGAUAAUGAGUUACAUAAAACAUAUGUUCACCAACUGACUUUCUAAUAUAUUGAGGGUUCGUCCGUCUUGAGCACUAACGUCCAUAUUGUGCUAUACAGCAUGCCUAAUAUGGGGACGAGGAUUUGCACGUGAAUUAGUCUGUAGUGAUAAUAGAAUCGUGCAACAUCUGCCAUGCUCUCUUCUCCCUCACUUGCCUGAGCCCCAUUUAAAGACCGAGUCGAAAUCUUCGGAAGCGGGAUCGGGCGCACUGCCUAACCAAGCUAAGAUGCCACGCAGACUUAGCGCGUUCACGAUUCAUCAGAUUUCCAUAGAAACAAGCGGACAGCUUGACUUCCAGCUGAGCGACGAUGUCAUAGAGGCCGUGGUGGGAAGCGACCACGGAAGCCUGACUCUCCUUCGAGAAAUAAGCUACCCGUACAGUUGACAACCUUCUAAACCCAGACCUUUAUUGCAACGUGAUAUUUCAAAAGUGCGUUAGCUAGUCAGUGACAAGGAACAUGAGCUGUGUCGUGGAGACAGCUCCUAUAAUCAACAUCACUCUCUCUUUCUCUCGAAGCUAAACAGCCCGACCCGGCCUGCACAUAAUCCACCAGGUCUUCACACACUGAGUAUGGGUGGUUUGAAUGUCAAAAGCCUUAGAUUUCGAUAGCGACUACAUGUAAAAAUCCGAAGUACAUGAUUUCUACUAACGUGAUCCGUGCUUAUUACAUGUCGUGGGGUCUGAUAUGCGACGGCUCCGUGUGUGGUAUGUGUGCAUGGGGAAAUCUAUGGUAAUGGGUUCGGUCUUCUGCAAGUUUCCACAGAUUCUCAUGAAGAAGCAUGUAAAAGAGAUAAGCCAUGCUGUGACUGAGUGUGCGUGGGCAAUUAGACAAUUAAAGUAGGAGCAAGGGUUACAUGUCGGAGUCCCAGGAACCGGUCUGCUGGUCUUCGCAAGCAACGGCCCAUGCUGAUGCUUAAUGGGAAGUCACAAUGAAGACUGGUUAGGAUCGAGUUCACAUUGUUGUUCGUAGGCUUGUAGGUUGAAGUAUUGCCGAGAGGGGUCGCGCAGGUGGUGGGAGGAGUGAUAUGCGUCGCUGGGAGGUUCGUGACAGUGUCGAUGGAAGUAAGUGGGAGUGUAUUAAUCAGUGGUGGUCAUCGUGGAUGUCAUGGAGUUUCAGCACAUGUGGCGAUAGAAACGUUCAUGGGGCGCAGAUGCAUUAGUCAAGACGUUGUAGCGCUUGGUCCAAAGACGCCCGACGAAGCUGAUCCGUGCAUGAAUGUUUGUUGACAACGGGAAUGCGAGGUGAGUUGCUGGAUGUUGACGUUGUGGGUCGGAGGCGCAUGAGACUUCUGAAUGGCUUCAUUAUUUUUGCCAUCGACCAUCCAAUUUGCUUCGUAGACUGUAACCUUUGCAGUUUUCACUGUUCUUUUCCAGGCCUCACGAUCGCAGGCCAAGUUAUGGCAGGUGCUUCGGUUGAUUUCUAAAGUCUUAAAGGAAAUUUUCAGGGUACUUAUGGGAUGCCGUUUCUGUUUUCCAUGUGGAUGAUCACGCGCGAGGACAUCGCCUAAACAAAGAAAGUUGUGAAUGCGCUAGUCCUCCACCCUUUUGGCGUUGGCUCUCCAGUAAGACUUAAUAUGGCGUAUGCGUUCAGGAUUCCGGCUAGUGCCUGAACUUCCAUGUCUAAUAUUCUGUCUUGACGACCCAGCUUCAGUAUUCUCCAGAGGCUGUUUGAGCUCAAGUAAUUAGGUUGCCAGACUUGGUUGGUAUGGGCAUACAAUGUAUCUGUCCCGCAAAGCAGCGUCAUUAGGACUAACACCCUUCACAUCACACGUUUCGAUUAACGUGGAAUUUGUGGGGGUUCUAGACUGAAGACUGUAGACGGUCGAAGUCCUGGUAGGCGGUUAAGAUCCAGUGGGCCAUUUCACUGCAAAUCCUGAUGUUUGUUUUAAAAAUAACAAUAAUAACGUUAAAGGCUAGAUAGCAUUACGGACAUUGACAAAGGAGACUGCAAUGGCCAUUUCUGGCUUAUUAGCCACCGUUAGCCAGCCGUACCCAACUCCGAAGUGUGAGAGACAUGGGAGUCGAUCCCGCGGCCUGUCAGUUAGAAGUCCAACGCCUCUAACCAUCGAGACACGAGCCCGUUUCACUUUACUUGCGAUGGGGAACAUGUAAUGGUAGAGAAGAUCUACCCGAUCGUGUUACGGAAUUCACUCUUCCCGUUGUGCUUAAGGGAUCUCUUUCGAGUAGAACAAACAGCCGCACAGCAGCGUAUGAUAUAGGCAGAAUGUUAGUAUCGGCAAACACAAGGGAGACCGGAAUCGCUUAUUUGCCGUCAUCAGCGGGUCCUAAGGCAAAACAUGUCGAGUGAAUUCCGUAAAUUGAACGGUGAGUGUUCCUCUACCAUAAUAAUAAUAAUAAUAAUAAGAUGAUGAAGAAGAUGAAGAUGAUGAUGAAGACGAAGAAGAAGAAGAAGAAGAAGAAGAAGAAGAAGAAGAAGAAGAAGAAGAAGAAUGUAGAUUUGCCCAUUGAUGCAAGAUGAAUUAUAUCAGCGUAAUAUAAGUUUUAGUUUACCCCGCUCUGUGUACUGGAAGGUACAUGACCACCACCUUAUUCAUGUUAAUGGUCAGUACGCACAUGAUACAACUGGAAGGGAAAAGUCCUCAUUCCGAUGCAUGUCCUCAGGCAUCAGGGUAAUAAGCUGGCAGUCCUAUGCUUAUGGAUUGAUAAAGACUGCGAAGGACCGCAAUCUAUCUGCACACUCAUAGAAAAAAACUUCAGUGAGCGUUAUGAGGAUUGCAUGUAAAAACGAUGCAAUUCAAUGCGGCAAAUUAUAAUUCGCCUCAACACAGACGGACACUCUCGAAAUCGACAUCCCACUAAAGGGUUACUACUGGGGUUUCUCAUAAUUAGCUUUAUUGCCUAGAAGAUAUUUCCCAUGACAGUGUUCCACCUAACUUUCCCUUGUUUCUUUUGCUGUAGAAGUCGUUCUCUGAUCUUAUCACCUCGUGUACUCGAUCGCUUUUGACGAACAUUUGGGUGGAUUACUUUUCGGCUUAAGCUCCGCAUUUUAUUCUCCAAAAGACGCAAUUUUUCAACGAGCUCGACAUUAUAGAGUCAGUGAGAAGUCUGAAAAGAGAUUCCGAACGCUGAGCGAUUUUAAAGACACUGUUUUUAUUAACUGUUUGUGCAGUGUUUUUUCAAAAGGGCGAAUGUUAGUAACGCGACCCAUUGAGUUGAAUGUAUUUCUUGGCCUAUAUUUAGACAACGUUAAUGGCUCCGUAAACGGUUUGACGUUUAUUCUCAAUUUUACAAUAGUUACUGUUGGAGCAACAUUGCGUCUGUUAGUAUUUUCUUGAGCAUCUACGUGAUAUUACACCUCCUAAUAUAUUGUACUGACCGAGGUCAGCCGUCCACCAGCAGUUUAGAGUUGGGGGCCUGUGUGUGGCUAAGGAUUUUUUUGUUUCACUGGGUCCAGCUUACGUCAACUCCGUCAAGAGUCUUGAUAGCGGACCACACUUGCGGGAACUACCGACAUGCCAUCUAAUCAAAUACUAUAGUAUUUGAUUAGAUGGCAUGUCGGCUAUAGCCUCAGACCAACCGUAGGUGUCAGUCCUGGGCGAUUGUCAUGCCACCAGCCUUCUGGGUUGUGAUGUUUUCUAUCAUCCUAUGAUUUACAGAGUAAGAUAUUGGAGGUGACCGCGCAUUCUCUGCGAACAUCGAUCAUAAUUACAGAUAAUGUUGGUUUGACCGCGUCUAAGCUCGCAUUAUUCACGCUACCAUAUGCUAUUAUGAAUUCGUUCGCGUACAAAUUGCAACAUUCGUCUAUUAUCUAGCACAAAACAAUUGUAUUUAAUACAGGGCUGUCUUUAGACUUGGAGUUUGCAUGUUCGGUCCUCGGCAAUUUUAAUCUUUAGUUAUAUGAUGGAGGGAAGAUAUCCGGCCACUUAACGUGAAUCCCGACUAAGGCUUGGUCUAUUACCCAGUUGCCUUCAUUCCAAGCUACCCUUUAACUUAGCGUGAAGCUCACAAGUACUGUUUUAACCCACUUCACUGUAUCUCCUUAUUACUAUUUUUAUGGCGGUCAAAAAACCUUGUCUGGAUUAUUUAUUUUGGUCUCCCACAUGCCUGGGUCUUCUAAUUUUCGUCAUUUUCUCCGUCACCCGUCGUGUAAGCCGAUCUUUUUAUGUCUCAUUUUCCCCUAGGAUUCCGAGCUUCAACAGGUCCUUUCGUUUUAUUCGCCACUGUUUUCGCAGAGUCGCGUGCGUUCCUCUACUAGCGAUUCUUAAACGCCCCCCGUUGCUCCUCUUUUCCGCCACUGCGGUUUCCGCUAUAUCGAGUGACGUUGAGGGUAGGCAUACUACCGACUCUCCAGUGCCACCGACAUUUUCCGCCAUUCAGUUGCAGGUAGAUGUCUCGAUCGCUGUCGUUAAUCAACUUCUUCUGGACUACGAAUUUCAGCUCGCUUCACUUGCGAAGCUGAAUGAAACCCACCGCACUCUGCUGCAAGAGAUGAAACUAAGACCUGAUUUAAAUGAAUAUCAGGACGAACUGGUUUCAGUUCGUUCGUCAUGGAAGGAUGGUCUUGCGCGCUGCGCCGACAUUACAUACUGCAUUGACGUUGCUCUGUCAGCCCUGCAAAAGUCGACAGAAGUUGCCAUUCUCAGUGCUCCUUUGUUUUUUCCAAGUUCGGCAACCCACAAAUCCGAGGAUCUGUCAGUCGCUGAUCGUGCAGCCCAAAUGCUCAACUCUUUUGAUGCCUCUCUUGUUGACCUACGGCAGAGACAAACCCGCCUUGUCGCAAGUUGGAUCGAGGAUGAAUCAGAGCACAUAAAGAAUGUUAAAUCGCCUGAGUGA